CUUCUUCAGUUCUCAGUGCUUCUAGUGAUCCUUAGCUCUUUUUGUUCAUCAAAAUGGCUAAUUAUGGGUUCUCACUCCUGAAACUUUCAGCUCUGCUAGCUUUUCGCUCUCUCGUUUUCGAGCCCGUUGCUUGUUUCAAUCCCAAGCUAUUGAAUUUAUCAUCUUCAGCUUCUCCGACGGAGUCCUGGCCCUCUGCUGGAGCUACUUGGUAUGGAAGUGCCAACGGCGAUGGAAGUGAUGUUGCGGCUGGUAACCCUAACCUGUUCAAAUCUGGCAAAGGCUGUGGUGCUUGCUUCCAGGUGAAAUGCACCUGCAAUGCUGCGUGCUCUGGCAAUCCGGUGACGGUCGUUAUAACUGACUCGUGCCUCGGCGGCCCGUGCCUUGCGGAGCCCGUGCAUUUAGACAUGAGCGGGACAGCUUUCGGCGCCAUGGCUGUUCAGGGGCAGGCUGAUCAGCUUCGCGAUGCCGGGGUGCUUCAGGUCCAGUACACUAAGGUCGAGUGCAAUUACCCAGGUGUUGACAUCGCUUUCCACGUCGACGCUGGGUCCAACCCCAACUACUUCGCCGUCGUUGUUGAGUACGAGGGAGGCGACGGUGAUCUCGGAGCCCUUGACCUCCAUCAAGGAUCCCAAUCACCAUCAUCAUCGUCAUCGUCAUGGAUGUCGAUGCAGCAAUCAUGGGGUGCAGUCUGGAAGCUAAACUCAGGAUCGGCAUUGCAAGCGCCGUUCUCGCUGAGGCUUACGUCGCUGUCGACGGGGAAGACGCUGGUGGCGAACAAUGCUGUUCCGGUCGGGUGGCAGCCCGGGAAGACUUAUCGCUCUUUUGUUAAUUACAGUGAUUAGGGUUAGUGCCUAAUUAACUAGAGUAUUGUUGUGUUGUGAGAAUUAUAGGGAAAUAAUGAUGAUGAGAAUAUAAGGGAGGUUGGUGGAGGAUUAAGUUUGUUUGUCUUGUCUUGUUAACGUUAAUAUGUGUUUUUCAACGUCGUAUUCAC